GUACAAAAAGCGGCGGGGUGCUGUGUUUCAGUGAAGCGAGUGAAGUCCUGAGGAAAACAUUGGAAAAACGCGGUUUUUUGUGUAUUUUACCAUGAAAAUUGUUUGAGUGUUAAUAGUGGAUUGAAGAAUAGUUUAUACAGAAUGACUUCCAUUAUAAAACUCAAUGCGAUAUCGGGUGCAAUGGAUGAAUCUCCGCCCUGCUAUCUUUUGCAGGUGGAUGAGGUUAGGAUUUUGCUGGAUUGCGGCUGGGACGAGAAAUUUGACCAGAAAUUCAUCAAAGAGAUUAAGAGAUAUGUCCAUACAAUUGACGCUGUUCUGCUGUCCUAUCCGGAUCCCCAUCAUCUGGGAGCUUUGCCGUAUCUUGUCGGUAAAUUGGGGCUCAAUUGUCCCAUUUAUGCCACGAUUCCUGUGUACAAAAUGGGCCAGAUGUUCAUGUAUGAUCUGUACAUGUCGCAUUACAAUAUGUAUGACUUUGAUUUGUUCUCCCUGGAUGAUGUUGACACGACUUUUGAUCGAAUAAUCCAGCUCAAGUACACUCAGAGUGUGGCAAUGAAGGGCAAGGGAUAUGGGAUUACAAUAACGCCCCUUCCGGCUGGGCAUAUGAUUGGCGGAACGGUGUGGAAGAUUGUUAAAGUGGGCGAGGAAGAUAUUGUUUAUGCUUGUGACUUCAAUCACAAGAAGGAGAGGCAUUUGAAUGGAUGCGAACUGGAGAAACUCCAGCGUCCUUCGCUGUUCAUCACCGACGCCUACAAUGCCCGCUAUCAACAGGCUCGCCGGCGAGCCAGGGAUGAAAAACUCAUGACAAAUAUCCUGCAGACGCUGCGGAACAAUGGGAAUGUUCUGCUGACGGUAGAUACCGCUGGCCGGGUACUUGAGCUGGCUCAUAUGUUGGAUCAUCUGUGGAAGAAUAAAGAAUCUGGGCUUCUCGCCUAUUCCCUGGCUUUGCUCAAUAACGUAAGCUACAAUGUAGUGGAAUUUGCAAAGUCCCAAAUUGAAUGGAUGAGUGACAAAUUGAUGAAGAAUUUUGAAGGAGCCCGGAACAAUCCCUUUCAAUUCCGACAUCUCAAACUCUGCCACAAUCUCACAGAAUUAGCCAAUGUACCCAGUCCAAAGGUUGUCCUGGCCAGUUCCCCGGACAUGGAGAGUGGAUUUUCCAGGGAACUCUUUGUGCAGUGGGCAGCAAAUCCCAACAAUAGUAUUAUUGUCACGAGCAGAACAUCUCCGGGAACCCUGGCCAGAGACCUGAUAGACAAUGGGGGGAAUGGGAGGAAAAUUGAGCUGGAUGUAUCCCGUCGGGUGGAGCUGGAAGGAACCGAAUUGGAAGAAUUCCUGCGUACCCAGGGCGAAAAGUCCAAGACAAAGUUGAUUCCAAAGCGUGACAUGGAUGAAUUGAGUUCAGACUCAGAGGAUGAUCUUGAGAUGGCCAUAAUCACGGGCAAGCAUGACAUUGUCAUUCGUCCAGAGGGUAGAUCAACAACGGGCUUCUUCAAGUCCAACAAACGGAUGCACGUAAUGUUCCCAUUUCACGAGGAAAAGAUCAAGUGCGAUGACUACGGGGAAAUUAUUCAGUUGGAUGACUACAAGAUUGUGGAUUCAGGAGCUGAGCCAGGGGAGGACAACAAGGAGAAUCUGAUGCACUCCAAAGCUGAGGACGUGAAGAAGGAGGCAGGAGAUAAGGAUGUGGAGGAAGUUCUAGAAAUUGAGAAGCCUACAAAGUGCAUUAGCAGCAGAAAAUUGAUUGAGAUCAAUGCACAGAUUCAGUUUAUUGACUUCGAAGGGAGGUCAGAUGGAGAAUCUCUGCUGAAAAUCCUCUCACAGCUUCGUCCCCGACGCGUCAUCAUUGUUCGUGGUUCACAGUCAAGCACGGAAAUGAUAGCAAAUUAUUGCGAGCAGAACAUCAGCGCGAGAGUCUUCACACCAAAUCGCGGAGAUACAAUCGACGCAACAACUGAGAGUCACAUCUACCAGAUCAAACUCACGGAAGCUCUCGUGUCACAGUUGUCCUUCCAAAAGGGCAAAGAUGCCGAAGUGGCUUGGAUUGAUGCUCAGAUUGUGAGUCGAAACCAACAAAUAGAUGCCACUGGAGAAUCCAACGCAAUGGACGUAGAUAUUGAAUUCCCCACGGAGGAGAUAAAAAUUCUUGCACUGGAACCCAUGAAAGCAGAAGAUAUUCCCUCCCACGAAUCUGUCUUCAUCAACGAACUAAAACUCUCAGAUUUCAAGCAGAUUCUCAUGAAGAACAACAUCCCAUCGGAAUUUUCUGGCGGAGUCCUUUGGUGUUGCAAUGGGGCUCUAGCACUCAAGAGGCUGGACACUGGUAAAGUAUCCAUCGAAGGUGCUCUGUCAGAAGACUACUUCAGAAUCCGUCAGUUGCUUUAUGAGCAGUACGCCAUUCUUUAAUUCAAUUUCUUUGUCGAAUCGACGACUCAUUUGUAAAUUGUCAAAUAUAGAAAUCUUUUCAUAAAAA